AUGCAGUCCGCCUCUGAAGCUGAGGCAGUAAUUUUGCCCAAGAAGGAAAAGCGCCAGAAGAAAGACAAGAAGGAGAAGAAGCGCAAAGCAGAGCAUGUCGGGGAGGAGGAGGAACAAGACGUGAGGGAAGAGGAAGACGAGGAGCAGACUGAUAAAAAGCCCUCCAAAAAGCGCAAACGCGAGAUUCUCCCCUCCGAAAUCGAAAUCGACAUCACCGCCCCAGAACCCGCCUCCAAAAAAGCCGCCCGCGAAGCCAAACGCAAAGCCAAAAAAGCCAAAACCGCACCCACCCCCUCCACCGCCGCCGACGCCCCAACAACAACCGAAACUGCAGAGUCCAAAGAAGCCAAGCGCUCCGCCUUCAGCGUCUGGAUCGGCAACCUCCCUUGGUCCGCCACUAAAGAAACGCUGCGCACCUUCCUCACCGAAAACGCAGAGAUCAAAGACGACGAAAUAACCCGCAUACACAUGCCCGCGCCCAAGGCCCCGCCGCGGCCGAACUGGACCGACGCAAAGCCCACGAACAAGGGCUUCGCCUACGUCGACUUCGCCACGGAGCUGGCCAUGUACUCGGCCAUCGCACUCACCGAAACGCGCAUGGACCGCCGCCCGCUGCUCAUCAAAAACUCGAAGAACUUCGAGGGCCGGCCGGACAAGCCCAAGGAGGAGCAGCAUGACGGUGACACUACGCUGCGAGGCGGCAAGGAGGCCAAGGCGCCUAGCAAGAAGAUCUUCGUGGGGAAUUUGGGCUUCGAGACGAGCAAGGAGGAUCUGGAGGCGCACUUUGGGCAGUGCGGCGCGGUUGAGAAUAUCCACAUGGCGACGUUCGAGGACACGGGCAAGUGCAAGGGCUUCGCGUGGGUAACGUUUGAAGAGCUCGAUGCUGCUUCUGCCGCGGUGAAGGGAUUCGUGUACAAGAAAGAUCCCGACGCCAAGAAGUCAAAGGCCAACGAUGAGGACGGCGAAGGAGACGACAAGUCCAAGAAGCGAAAGUUCAGACUCAACAAGCUCCUGGGCCGCGAUCUGCGCUGCGAAUUUGCAGAGGACGGCACUACGCGGUACCAGAAGCGCUAUGGAAAGAAGCCCGAAGACGGUGCCGGUGGAGGUGAGGGCAGGGGCUUCGGACGGCCGCAACGAGGCGGGAGGCCGUUCAAUCCCAGAAAUAACUUCGGGGAGCGCAAGGUCGAUCCUCGAACGAUUGCGCCUGGGUCAGCUCACAUGAACGCCCCUAGGGCUUCUGCUGCCAUUGUCAAGAGCGAGGGAAAGAAGACCACUUUCGAUUGA